AUGGUUUCGAUCGGUGAAAGAAUGUUUAACAUAACAUUUGAUGAGGAUAAGAGUUCUGUCAAAUCACUCAGUAAUAAAAAAUUUUCAAUUCCUGUAAAAAUACCUCUGGAAGAAAAUAUAAGAGAAUUUACUUAUAGAAUUUUAUAUAAUAAUAAAAUUCCACAUUAUUUAUUUGAUGAUGUGUAUUCGCAACUUGAAAAAUUCGUUGAAACGGAAACGUUAAGAUAUUACGACGAAGUAGCCGAAGAAAAAUUAAAAGAAUUUAAAAAUGAUGAUUUCGAUGUCGAUUCAGUUGUGAAAUAUUGGGAAAAAUUAUUUAAAAAUGAAACUGUUGAAUAUUGCGAACCAACAGGUACCACAGAUGAAGAAUUAUUUUCUAUGGUUUAUCAUAAGCUUGUACAUUCUGGUGCUUUAGAGUCUAUAUUAAAAAAAGAGCAAAUGUAUGGUGCGACUGCAACUUCGCUGGCUCAUAAAAGAAAAAAAGAAAUUAAAGAAUUGUCAGAAAAGCAAGUUUUUAUUUAUGUUAAAAUAAAUAAACAAAACGAUGAAAUGACUGUCGCAAUGCAAGAUCUUCAUUCUAUGACAAUCGAAUCUGAAAUAAGGGUCUCAGAAAAAGAUAUUAAUGAUUUAGCUGCAAAACAUUUCGAAGAACAAUGUUUAACUUCUGGUAGGCUAAAUAGUGAAGUUGAAGCUUUACAUCAAAGCCAAAGAAAGGAAUACAGGGCUUGGUUAAUGGCCAUGUAUGAAAAUGAAGCUUUAAGCCCAACUCUACAUUUAACAAGUACAUCUCCUAAAGUCCUUGACAAUUCUAGCCUUGAUUCCGGUAUAAGUUCUCAACCUGAACCGUGGCCUCAUUUUGAAGAAAGUUUCACUAUUCAUUUAGGAUCACAAUUGAAACAAAUGCAUAAUGUUAGAAUAUUAUCUGCGAAUGCUUUGGAUUUUUGUAAAAUAAAGCUUCCACCAGAAGGAGUAUCUCAUGUUGAGCCUCGAAGAAGUGAAACUGCUUUGUCAUUAUACUCUAGCAGUUUAAGUGGUAUUGUAUUAUUAGUCGAUGUUGGAUCAUUUGAUGGCUUUGCAGGUUUAGCAAAAGACUUUGUUGAUGUGUGCCAACAAACUACAGAAUUUCAUUUCAAUAAUAUCGAAAGUCAAUUAGAAGCUAUUAAAAUUCAAGUGAAGGAUGCUGUUCAAUGGAGAUCUGAAAAAGCGAAAAAUAGUUCUGGCUAUCAGAAUUCUAAAAUGUCCAGUGGAGGAAAAAGUCUUCAAGCUGGUGAUUUAUAUAUUACCAAGCAUUCAAAUCUUUCUCAAGUUCAUGUUGUUUUUCACUUGCUUGUAGAUGAUUCAGUAAAAAAUAGUGAUGUAAAUUCCAGGCAUCCUGUAAUUUUAGGCUUGAGGAACAUAUUAAAAACUGCUGCAUCUUAUGACAUUACCACUAUUACUCUUCCAUUAUUAUUGACAAAUGAAAUGUCAGAGGGUAUGACAGUAGCAUGGUGCUCUAAAAGAGCCGAAUUAGUUUUCAAAUGUGUAAAAGGAUUUAUGAUUGAAGCUGCAGGUGUAGGAGGUGCAGAUAUAAUAAAUCUUCAAUUUCUCGUACCUUCCGGAAUUUCAGCAGAAGUUUUUUCCACACUUGCCACAAUGCUUCCUACUAUUUUUAGAGUAUGUAAUCCUUUAGUUGUAAGGAAUUCGGUUGAUUCUCAAAAAUCAGUAUAA